AUGAGUCAACUCUCAACAGCAUUGAAUCAGAGGAAGAGCAGACCAUUGCCAAGCGAUAUAGUUCAGAAUCUUUGUAAUGAUGGAUCGUGUAUGGCAAUUACCACACGGAGUGGUAAGGUAUUACCAGGCCCUUCUGUGGGUAAAGUUGUGAAUGAAGAGGUGAUCGAAAAAAAUAUUGAGUUUAAAAAAAGUAAUCCAGUAAAAUCUGAGAAACUGGAUGGCAUUGAUAUCCCUUCUAAUCAUCAGCAGAUUGAUGAGUUAGGAAAAAGGAAAGACAAGGAAAAGAAAGCAGUGGUGACUACUCUCCCAAAACGACCAUCUCACUUUCUUCAUAGAUUGAAGAAUAAAGUCAACGAUAAGAAGUUUAGUAAAUUCAUGGCAAUGAUAAAACAGCUAACAGUGAAUAUGUCUUUUAUAGAGGCACUUAAACAGAUGCUAGGAUAUGCUAAAUUUUUGAAAGAUCUUGUGACAAAGAAGAGAGAAAAGAAGGCAGACCCAGAAGCAUUCAUCAGCCCUUGUAUAAUUGGGUCUUUUAAUUUUGCCAAGGCCUUAUGUGAUCUAGGAGUGAGCAUCAACCUAAUGUCGCUAGCUGUUUAUAAGAAGUUAGGUUUGGAAGAUCCUACAUCGAUAAAUAUGCAACUUGUGAUGGUGAAUAAGUUAGUAAAGCGAUCUGUUGGUAUUUUGAUGGAAGGGAAGCAAGAAGUUGGAGAUAAACUUGAGAUCAAUGGUGCAUUCCUGGAUGAGAAAAUCUUGGCUGCUGUUAUGGAAAAAAUACCUUAG